AAGGCAUUGAGUAUAAAGGAUAUCAAAAACUGUACAAGAAUUAUCCUUCAAACCUAAGUUUAAAUGCAAAUUAAUAAUAUACAUUGUAACUUAAAGAACAAGAUAAAAUUUUAUGGUAUUUCCUUUACAUAAAACAAAAUUAUUCGCAGAAUUAACACUGAAGCGAUAACUGAUAACCUCUGUGAUUCACGUACAUAUAUAAAUAAGUUGAGAAGAUGAAUCAUUGGCAUAAGUAAACAAGGAUUUGUAGCAAAAUGUUCUUUGUGGUUCUAUGUUCGGUUUUGCUGGGUACAGUUGCAGCCCAUACGUGGGAACAGGACUCGUAUCCCGAUGAACAAAUUCAGUACAAUUCACCUUCUUUAAACCGAAACUACGACAAAAUCUUGAAUAAAUUCAAUAAGGACGUGAGUAAAUAUAAUCGCCACAUUGCCAAGCUCCAACGUAAAUUAGAGAAAAAGCGGAGAGAAUUUCCGAGAACUGGAUCAUCUAUUGUAAUGACAGACACCGAUUACAAAGUGGAUAUGUAUUUUGGUGUAGAACUAAAGGACAUUGAGGUAAAAUCGAAACCAGGCACGCUGAUGAUAAAAGCUAUCUACAAAGACAAAGAUGGAAGGGAUAAGAAUUAUUCGGACGAGCUAUCCUUGCCUUACAACGUGGAUCCAGCUGGGGAAUGGACUUAUUCGCAAGGAGUUCUGAAGAUACACUUCAAGACCAAAAGUGGUCCCGAAAACGCAAUUAUCAUUUCUGAUUCAAAAGUUGACGUAGACAUCGACUCAAACGAGUACGAUGAGGAGUACGAGUAAGCCGAAGCCCAACUCAUGUCCUCAUGGACGAGAGGCGGCUUUAGCUCAUGUGCCGCCCGUGUGCAAGAAGUUACUCGACACCCCCUAGGAGACAAUGUAAAUCUUUAAUAAAUUUGAUAAUAUUAAAUCGAAAGUUAUCGUGUAAAGUAAAGAAGCCGCUCGCCUACCCUAGUACGGAAGCAGGUUGUUUAAGAGCGCCAGUGUCGCGAGCGACGCAUGUCUCUUUGAACAUGUCGCGAGCGGCGCUCGGCCCCCUAACACACUGCGCCCGUGUGCAGCGCAUACCCUGCACAAUAAGUAAAGCCUCCUCUGAUGACGACAAUCAUCAGAUGUACAUAAAAGUGAAGCACUAAAUAAAAGAUUAUGGUUCGUGCCCUAAUGCAAGUUAUGGAACCUGUUGUAAAAUACAACUGGUUGUCUACCUUUAAAACACGGAAAUAUUAAACUGAAUAACUCUUAACUAAAUGAAACUGUUUUUGAUAUGAAUUUAACAUAUAUCAUUAUUUUAUUAUAUUUAAAUAAAUGUGUGUACGUAUGUUCUGUUUUCCAAAACGGCUGGAGUGAUUUAAUAAAUUUAUUGAAGUGGAUUAGCUCAGCGGGUGAUCGCCUUAAGUCUGGUAGCAAUGGGUUCCAAUUAUUUUUCAAGUGAAACUCCUUUAGAAUCGCUGUGAUUUGAAACUAUGAAUCGGAAAUGCGUCACUAUAUUUGAAAAUGGAACAGCGUUCAACCAGCCUGCAUGCUACAUUUUGCAUCCUUUUAUUAAUUUGUUAGUAUGUGUUUAAGCCUGUUUAUUACAAAAUUCUAGUAUAAAGCAACCCUGUUAUUUGUGUAUUUUUAAUCUCACUAAUAAAUUAUUUUUGCAA